AUGGGUCGAUACAGCCGAGAAGAGAUCAAGAAGUGGAAGGCAGUUUUCGAAGCUGCUGACGUCAACAAUGACCGGCGCAUCAGUGUCGACGAGCUUCUUGAGGUCGCUAGGAAGCAAGGAAUUGAAAUGAGCAACGAAGAGGCAGCGGAAUUUAUCAAAGACUUUGAUAACAACAACAGCGGCACGAUUGAAUUCAGUGAAUUCCUUAAGGGUCUGGGAGAACGAGAGGCUUGA